UUGACAUUUCUAGAUGCUGACCAGAUAUGCAUUUUCCCAACACCCGCAAGACGCAUUGCUCCUUUACAAGGCUUGGAGUGUUAUUAUAGUCUUCUUUUGCUGGCCAUGAUUGAGAUCUUCUCCAUUGUACACCUUGUUCAACCGCAAAACCAAGAUGGAUUCAUAAGUUUGGCUUGUGGCAUGCCCAAUGAUGAAUCUCCUUAUACUGAUCCGGAUACCCUCAUCCAGACGGGAAAGAGUGGUCGAGUCGACAGAGCUUUCGACAAAGUCGACAUAAAACCAUAUUUGACUUUGAGAUACUUUCCAGAAGGACGACGGAACUGUUAUGUUCUAAAUGUCACGAGCGACAUAACUUAUCUCAUCGCAGCCAACUUCUUAUAUGGAAACUAUGAUGGUCUUGACGCUUACCCAAUCUUCGAUUUACAUCUUGGUCCUAAUAUGUGGGGUACUGUAGUUUCGAACGAUACAACCUCAAGGCUAGAAAUCAUCCACAUACCACGAUCAAGUUCUUUGGAGAUUUGUCUUGAGAUACAGUGCCACAUAUCAACCAUAGAAAUACGACCACUGCCAAAUGAUACUUAUGGUCCUCGUCCUAGUUCCCUCGCCACCUCCUUCCGGAGGUUUUUUAACGCUUCAACUGACUACUCUAUA